AUGGAGAGCGAAAACGCAAUCCCUCCCGAGGUUGGCGACGUCGGCGGACUCCUCGUCGAGCGUCUACGAGCCUGGAAACACGCGGUCGCCUACCUCGAGUCCUACAUCACGCAGACCGAGAGCGUGCACAAGACGCUCGGCAAGGAAUACCAAAAGGUGCUGAAAUCCGUCGACGAGCCAUUGCGCGAAGGACACCAUUUCCAGCAGUCCGUUGGCGGCGUGGCAUCGCUGUUUGAGAACAUCCGCGCGAACACGGUGCGCCUCAGCACAUCGCACCAGGAGACCGCGGGGGAGCUGAAGAGCACCGUCCUGCCCAUCCUGGAGAGACUGCAUAAGGAGAUCCGGGACAGGCAGAAACAUGUGCAGAGCGAGAGCGAGAAGAGCGCGAAGAGUGUCGCCAAGACGAGGAACAGCACGCAGGCGCACAUUGAACUUCUCGGACAGCACGUUGCGGCGUUUCAGAGCUCUGGCGGGAUCAGCGCGGGAGGCCACGACGGCCAUCACUUCAAGCUGCAUCAUUCCAACACGGGUGGGAAGAACAAGCCGGAGUUUGACCCGUACCUGCUCAAGAGAGGAAUCCUCAGUCGCCUUGUGAAACAGGUCCAUGAGGAAAAUGCACAGAGACAGGACCUCCUCGGCGUGCAGACCCACUCACAGGAGUUUGAGGCGAAGAUUGUCCAGACUGUCCAGCAGGCACUCGCUGCGUUUAAUCAAACAAUGAAUGUACAGGCGGAUCUGCAGAAACAGUUGUAUGGGGACAUCGUUGAGAAAGCAACUGCUAUCCCUCCCGACAUCGAAUGGGUCAACUUCCUCUCCCGAAACGCAGAGACAAUGAUCGAUCCCUCAGCGCCAAAGCGCACAGUGGAGAGCAUCCGGUUCCCGAACGAAGAACAUUCCAGCACUAUGCCGUUGAUUGAGGGCGCCCUCAUGCGAAAGGGCAAGAUUAUCCGUAGCUACAACCAAUCGUACUACGUCGUCACGCCGAGCAAGUACCUGCACGAGUUCAAAGACCUCGAUCACCUCAACCGCGAGCCGGAGCCUGAGCUCUCUCUCUACCUCCCUGACACCGUCCUCAGCGCCCUUAACUCCGAGGGAAAAUUCCAAAUCACGGGUAAAGACGCGGGGUCAAAGCUGAGCACGAAGCACGAGUACGCGUUUAAAGCGAGCUCCCACGACGAAGGCCAGCGCUGGUACGAGGCCAUCUCCGCGUGCGUUAACCACAAGUCCGAUCUUGCGCCUGCUGUUACUCCCCCCGGAGGCGCAUCAACCGUAGCUAUCGAGCCUCCGGCGUACGAUAAAACCCCGCCGGCAGUGACGGGCCAGCAGUCCGGUGUUACGACAGCGGCUGUGCCGGUGGUGGCUGAGAAAGCAGCUUAG